AAAAUAAAAACAAAUCACAUUCCAGCGUCCCUUUUAAUGAAAUUUUUCCUGAAAUUGUGUCCUUAAAGUGGAUAAAACGGCAGCUAAACCAUAUCCCCCAGGAAAUCAAGAUGAGCUUUUCCAGCGAUGAGGUGAACUUCCUCGUUUACCGCUAUCUGCAAGAGUCGGGUUUUUCACAUUCUGCGUACACGUUCGGCAUCGAGUCACACAUCUCCCAGAGCAACAUAAAUGGAGCGAUCGUUCCACCCGCGGCACUCUUGAGCAUUCUUCAGAAAGGACUGCAGUACACGGAGGCCGAAAUCAGCAUCGGGGAGGACGGUACCGAACAUCGGCUCGUCGAAAGCCUCAGCUUGAUCGAUGCCGUUAUGCCGGAAGUCGUUGCCAUCCGGCAAAAUAUGCAGAAUCAGCAAAAGCAGACAAUUAAAACCGAAGCUCCGGAAACGAACGGCACGACGGAAGAGCCGACGCCCCCACCUGCUACGACGACGACCACCUCCUCGACGACACCUGCUCCGGCGGAAACGAUGGAAGUCGAUCAAAGUAUUGAGAUUCCGGCUUCGAAGGCCACCGUACUGCGUGGACACGAGAGCGAAGUGUUCAUCUGUGCUUGGAACCCGAGCACGGAUCUGUUGGCCAGCGGGUCCGGGGACAGCACCGCCCGCAUCUGGGAUAUGUCGGAUAAUCCAGCCAAUCCGAACCAACUCGUCUUGCGUCAUUGCAUACAGAAGGGUGGCACUGAGGUACCGAGCAACAAGGACGUCACCUCGCUCGACUGGAACUGCGACGGUACGCUGUUGGCCACGGGAUCGUACGACGGAUACGCUCGUAUAUGGCGAACGGAUGGGCUUCUGGCGAGCACGCUCGGUCAGCACAAGGGACCGAUCUUUGCGCUGAAAUGGAACAAACGCGGCAAUUACAUCCUUUCGGCGGGUGUCGACAAAACGACCAUCAUCUGGGAUGCCGCAACGGGCCAGUGCACACAGCAGUUCAGCUUCCAUUCGGCACCGGCACUCGAUGUGGAUUGGCAAUCGAACCAAUCGUUUGCCAGUUGCAGUACUGAUCAGUGCAUUCACGUCUGUAAGCUUGGUAUCGAUAAGCCGAUCAAAUCGUUCCAGGGACACACGAACGAAGUGAACGCGAUCAAAUGGGAUCCUCAAGGGCAACUGUUGGCAUCCUGUUCCGAUGAUAUGACACUGAAAAUCUGGUCGAUGAAACAGGACACAUGCGUUCAUGAUUUGCAGGCUCAUUCAAAGGAGAUCUACACCAUCAAGUGGUCUCCGACGGGUACGGGAACACAGAACCCGAACAUGAACCUCAUUCUGGCGAGUGCGUCCUUCGAUUCGACCGUGCGUCUAUGGGACGUCGAGCGUGGUGUGUGCAUUCACACCCUGACCAAGCACACGGAACCGGUGUACUCAGUGGCCUUUAGCCCGGAUGGCAAAUUCCUGGCUUCCGGUAGCUUCGACAAGUGCGUCCACAUCUGGAGCACACAGAGCGGCCAGCUGGUACACAGCUACAAGGGCACGGGAGGUAUCUUUGAAGUGUGCUGGAACUCGCGCGGCAGCAAAGUCGGUGCUAGUGCCAGCGAUGGCAGUGUAUUUGUGCUUGAUUUACGAAAGUUAUGAGCACAUGUAGCAGCCGGAUCGGGCGUAUUGGCUCCAGUAGUAGCAUUAGCACCACCGCCAGUGGAACCAAAAUCGUCGACAGCAGUUCUACUGACGGCGGCGGAGAAAAAAUCUUAAGAUAUAAAGCGGCCAGCUUAAAAAACCGAAACGAGUUUUUGCCGAAGUGACUGAAGCUGGUGGGGCGAGAUCAUGCGCAAAGCUUUAUAAGCAACGACUUUUCUUCCACCAUUCGCUGAUUACGGAUAUCGUAUUAUCAUUUUCCUCCUUUUGCAUUUAGCACUUCCACGGCGCAAGCACUGUGAAGCAUGCACUCAAGAUUGAAGGAAUAUAAUUGACUUGACUACAAUAAACAGACAAACGAAA